CUGCUUGCUGGUGCGGUGGUCAGCGCGAUGCCCAAGGCCAAGGGCAAAACCCGGAGGCAGAAGUUUGGUUACAGUGUCAACCGAAAGCGUCUGAACAGGAAUGCUCGACGGAAGGCAGCGCCGCGGAUCGAAUGCUCCCACAUCCGACAUGCCUGGGACCACGCUAAAUCGGUGCGGCAGAACCUGGCCGAGAUGGGGUUGGCUGUGGACCCCAACAGGGCGGUGCCCCUCCGUAAGAGAAAGGUGAAGGCCAUGGAGGUGGACACAGAGGAGAGGCCUAAAGAGCUUGUACUGAAGCCCUAUGUGCUGAAUGACCUGGAGGCAGAAGCCAGCCUUCCAGAAAAGAAAGGAAAUACUCUGUCUCGGGACCUCAUUGACUAUGUACGCUACAUGGUGGAGAACCACGGGGAGGACUAUAAGGCCAUGGCCCGGGAUGAGAAGAAUUACUAUCAAGAUACCCCAAAACAGAUUCGGAAUAAGAUCAACGUCUAUAAACGCUUUUACCCAGCAGAGUGGCAAGACUUCCUCGAUUCUUUGCAGAAGAGUAAGAUGGAGGUUGCGUGACUGGUUUACAUUACAGCUGCCCCAGGCUGAGGCCUCCCCCCGACCAGUGAAGCUGGAGCCGGGGUGUAAGGCAAGGAGGUGCUGUGUGGCUCCAGAGGGGCUGGCCAGGUCCCAUGGAAUCAGGUUACACACACACGUGCACACUCCCCGCUCUGGGGAAGGAACUGUUCUCAGAGGCUCCAAUUUAUAAUCGUCUGGGGGUUCAUGGAAAAGCCAGAACCUGCUGUUUUCAGGGUGGGUGGUUUAUUUAAAUAUAGUAUGUACAUAAUAAAACAAAGAUAUUUUACUUC